AGCAUGGGUACAGAGACAGCCUGUGGCAGCUAUUACGAACCGCCUGCCGGUCCAAGUGCCGCCGCUAUGGCCGGAUACUACCGAAUGUCCUCGGACGAGAGUGGACCUGCUCGUAGCGAAUCUUUGACGGAUGAGGAGCUUGCUCAAGCGACUGUGUCCGCCUCAGAUUGUGACACCGAUCUCGAACUUCAUCAAGCGCCUCAACAACAGCAACAACACCAAGGACAACACCAACAACCUUCCCCGAACAGAUCUCACCUGCAGCAACAUAUGCAACACGGACAGCAUCAGCACACAAACCAACACCAUGGGGACUCUAGUGGACGCUCGAACCCCUGGGCAGUUUCUCAACAGCUGCAAAAUCACAUUACCAACACAAAUGCAACCGUCACAGGAGCAGGCAACUCUCCGGGUCCUUCGCCUGGACGAUCGAAUGCUAACAAUUGGCCCUUUCCGAAUUAUCAGCGGCUUUACAACGAAAACUCGUACAGCAUUGCGAUUGCUGCGGCCGCAGCUGCUGCUAACAGUCAGGUACAGCAACAUAACACUACGCAACAGCAUCAACAGCAACAGCAGCAGCAACAACAACAGCAGCAACAGCAACAGUCACAAAACCAACAGCACUCACAACAUACCUUACCGGGACCAUCGCAGCAUCAUGCUGCCAGUCAGCAACACCAACAAUCGCAACAACUUGUGCAUUUACAACAUCAGCAGCAGCAGCAGCAGCAGCAGCAACAGCAGCAACAGCAGCAACAGCAGCAGCAACAGCAACAGCAGCAACAACAGCAACAGCAGCAACAACAAGCGCAUCAGCAAUCGGUGACACAGGCGCAACAACAGCAGCACCAACAGCAACAGCAUUCGAUUCAACAUUCGUCGAAUGGGUUAACGGCGGCAGCAGUUGCAGCAGCUGCAGCAGCUGGACAAUUGGGCAAGCGGUUUUACUACCAAGGUAAAACAAGCAAUAACAAAGAUAUCUGCGGCGAGGACAAACACAAAGAGGAGAACGACCCAUGGAACGUCGAAACACACUCCGCGUUCCUCGGCCCGAACCUGUGGGACAAAACCCUGCCCUAUGACUCUGAUCUCAAAGUGCAUCAGGUGAGUGAGUAUGCUGACCUGGACGAGUUUCUCUCGGAAAAUGGCAUUCCUUACGAUGGAAUACCGAACAGUAAUCUGGGCAACUCGACCAGCCUGACCGGCCAGCGGUCGGACAGCAUCGGCCACUGUGCGGGGCUGUCGCUGUCCGGCCUCGGGCAGGUCACUACCAAACGGGAACGAUCGCCCUCGCCAUCCGAUUGCAUGAGCCCGGAAACGAUGAACCCACCGUCGCCGGCCGAUUCAAUUUUCGAUGUUACAGCGUUCUCGAUGUCGUCCACCCGUGACUUUGAUCCGCGAACGCGCGCCUUCUCCGACGAGGAGCUCAAGCCCCAGCCGAUGAUCAAGAAGUCCCGCAAACAGUUCGUACCGGACGAGAUGAAGGACGACAAGUACUGGGCGCGCCGUCGAAAGAACAAUAUGGCGGCGAAGCGGUCCCGCGAUGCGCGCCGCAUGAAAGAAAACCAAAUCGCGCUCCGUGCUGGUUACCUGGAAAAAGAGAACAUGAACCUACAUCGAGAGGUGGAGCAGCUGAAGCAGGAAAACAUGGAGCUGCGGGCCCGCCUGUCCAAGUACCAGGAGGUAUAAUCUUAGCCUAGCCCGAUGCAACAAUCCACGCUACUUCUACUUCUAGUACACACUACUGUUACCACUACGACUACUUUUAUUUGCUACUAUUGCUACUACUGCUACUACUACUACUACUAUCGGUCGUGU